AUGCAGAAGUGGUUCAAGACUUCUCAGGCAGCCUUACAGCGCACUGUUGUGGGUGUUGUCGGAAGCACUGGGCGGAGGAAGAGCUCGGCGAUCAACGCUACUGAGUGUCUCAUUGCGUACAACGAUUCGGAGAGAGAAGAUGGGAGAUACCGUGCCGAGGUUUAUUUCAUCUGCAGAGAGGACUGGGUCAAGGAGUUGAGGGUGCUGUGCGAUGACAUGCACACCGAUCAGUCCUCGUUUGACAUGGAGCAACCGAGCAGCGACAGCUCCGCCGCCAUUGCCCAGGACAAGAUUCGCUCCGUUUAUCCAUUUCUCAAGAGUGACGAAGUCAAGAAAACCAGAUUCGACAUUCAUGGGCUCCGUUUUGCUAGCGCUACCGCGGAGCACUUUCUGGGCCUUCUUGAGAGGUUCAUUGACUCAAAGGAGAAGACCCGCGGCAGGAAGACGGAUCUUGGGGCCAUGAAGUACUGGCCACUUAUCAAGGCUGUGAAGGUUUUCGUGCGAUCGCCGAUCCUCAAGUCGGGCCUGUUGACCUGGAUUCAAAUGCCGCUCGCUCUGUCGUCGCAUCCAAUUUACAUACAGGAUUGCUCCGGGUUAUGGGUUGUGGCACCAAUCACUCGGGCAGCUGGUGGCAGGUUCGCUCAUAACCUCCUCAGGGACUCGAUCACCUUCAUCUGCUCCAAGGCGGACGAUAUCCCCGUCACGGAAGCACUGAAGACCGUGCCCGAGCACCACCCCACACAUCGACCUCAUAUGGAGACCGGACUCCUUGAGAAUGACCAGUGCGAUACGAAGAUAGAAGAGCUCAGAUCAGCUAUGGACGGCUCAGACGAUGAGGAUGAAGUCUCAGUUUCUCCCGGACGGUCCCUCAAUCGUGCUCUCUGGGUGGCGGCAAUCGAAGCCCGCAAGCGACAGGAGCCGUCCGCUUCUGAAGCGGAACCCGGAAAGGAGCAAGCCGAGACUCGACUGGCCACUCUACGUGCGGACUCCAACGAGCUGAAAAAGAGUUGUCAGCCGCAUCAGAAGGCACUGAAGGAGGUGAAGUACGAGAUCAAGUCGUGCAAGUCUGAGGCAAAGCAUGCCUGCAUCAAGUACCGCAAUGACUCCUUUGACCCCGCUCAUCUCCGGCGGGACUACACCGAGGUUGCGCGGAGAUUGCCAGUGUUUUGCAAGCAUGCUUUGGACAUCGCUGGAGGGACGCGGGCGGUAGCCUGCCGUCAAUUCUUUCGCGACCUCCGCCUUUUCAUUUCCUCGCUGCAUCUGCAGAUUGUGCUCUCUGACCAGCCUUUGAGGCUGGCAGAUGACUUACGGCAGAAAGAGAUCCAGGCCCUCGCCCGUGCCGUUGACGAACUCAGAAAGGAGCUCGUCACAACAAUUCGGAAGGUUGUCAUUUACAAGUUCAGGUUGGCGACUAUGACUGCCUCGGAUGCCGCUAUUUCCACGGCCAGCUCCUGGAUUGCUCGCAAGGACGACGAUGGGUUGGCAUACCAGAGCUUCCGCACGACUUGCCUGCAGGAGAUGCUAGAUGACGUCGCCGAGAGCCUUGGGGGAAUUCUGAGGGCUUUCAGGAAGCAAAUGUCCCAGCGCCAACAGCUGACGAAGUCCUCCCAUUUCGCUCUGGCCACUCGCCAAGUGAGAAUCAUGGAGAACGAUCUCAAGGACACCACAGAGCUGGAAGGCAUCCUCAGCAGUGGGCAGAAAGAGGCGAGUCGGCUUCCCAUUCCUGUGAUUGCCGAGGGAAUGGCAGAUGCCUAUGCAUAUGUUAACAAAGAAUCUGUUCAUGGGGCAGGCUGCUACAAGCGCAUCAAGAAUCAUUUCAUGCAUCACCUUGAGACAGAGCGAAUUGACAUGUUUCAAAUGGCUGCUCAAAGGACGAAGGAUGCGCUUAGCGCUACACUCGACGGACUGGAAGCCGCGCAUAUCGACAAUGACUAUGGCACCUUGCUCAUGGAUGAAAACAUGUUCAAGGAGCUGACGGCUGCCCGGGAGUCCAUCCGGAAAAUGCUCGCCCAGGUCGACGAGCGUUUCGAACGAGUGCUGCGCGGCCCGGUCGAAUCUACCGGUACCGGCCUGGUGGAGGAAGCACGCGCCACCGAAGAGAAUCGUGAGGCGCCAGCUGCGGCUGUCCAUUCCCACGUUCCGUCUGAGCUCUCUCUUUCCGGCCCUAGCACACCGACUACUCCCGGAACCGAAAUAUCAACAGCCACGGGCAGUGUUGACAUUUUGUGCAUCAAGCCCGAGCCCUCUUCACGGCGGCUCUCGAUGAAGAUAUACCAUUGCGGUAUCUCUGAGCGCCGGCUUUGA